GGAGGGAUGAUGGAGCUAAGAUGGCAGCCCUGCUGAGGGUGCUGCCUUCACGGGGUCAAGAAAUAGUCAGGGAAAAUAGAACGAAUGAAACCGAAAUACGAGAGUUUUGCUCACGAGAAGCGUCUCUUCUGCUAUCCUAGACGGUUUUAAUCCUGUGGCUUGACAACGUCGAAUUUCGGGAGAGAAGCACCGCCUUGGAUCGGAUCGGAAGACCUUAGCAGCAGCAACCAGAGAGGCUACAGUUUGCGUUUGUCAUAACCGAGAACCGUGGAUGCUAAUUGUGGCGGUUUUUGCAGCUUAGAGCGAACAAAUGACGUGACAUGUGAAUUGCAUCCGAGGGCUGGAUAUUAUCUGGCUGUGAUAUCUUCCGUGUGAUAUAUGCAUUGUUCUGCAAGACGAUGAUGUGUGCUGCUGCGGCAGCGGCCGCCGGUGGAGGGAUCCUGCCCUCCUUAUCGCCGUCCAUGGGGCUGGGUGUCAGGGUGUUUUCGGGAGUAGGAGCCGAUGUCUCUACCAUUGGUUCGGGAAUGGGUUCCUGCCCGACACCCGGAGCCCAGUCGGAUUGUCGGACUCGGUACCAGCUUUUACUCUCUGGACGAGCCCUUGCUGAAAGAUACAGACGGAUUUAUACCACCGCUAUCAACGAUAAGGAGCAAGGGAUAACUCAAGGAAGGGGAAAGAAGGCUUUGAGUAAGAAGAAACUGAAAAGACGACAAAAAGUUAAGUCAAAAGUCAAAUCAAGAACAAAGGCUGAGAGUCUAGAUGGAGCUCUCUUUGUACCAGAUAUCAAACUACACAGCAACCCAUCUGCGUUUAAUGUUUACUGCAAUGUGCGGCACUGUGUGCUGGACUGGCAGCAGAAAGAGGCCUCCCUCGCGUUGGCCUCCAGGACCUCGGUGCAAAGUGGUGACUCGGACAGCGAGGAGGAGGAGGAGUACCGUGAGCCAGCUGUGAAGCUUCCAAAGAUCAUCGGCAUUGGCCUGUGCGGGGUUUUCGAGCUGAUAAAAGAGACUCGGUUCUCUCACCCCUUACUGUGUCUGCGCAGCCUGCAGGCUUUAUUGGACAUGCUGCAGGGACAACAACCAGAGGGGUUCCAGACUGAGCCUCCCGAUGUACUAGAGUCUCUCUUCCAACUGUUGUUGGAGACCACGGUCCGAAGCACAGGACCUAAUGACCCAACGGGACAGGAAAUCACUGCACUGUCCUGCGCCUGCCUCUUUAGUCUUGUUGUGGCGUGGGGAGACACGGGCAAAAUCCUGCAAGCUGUCUCUGCCAUUCUCACUAACAAUGGCAGCCACGCCUGCCAGACAAUACAGGUCCCCACUAUACUGAAUGCACUACAGAGGAGUGUACAGGCUGUCCUUGUGGGCAAGAUUCAGAUCCAGGAUUGGUUUGGAAAUGGAAUCAAACGUGCUGCUUUGAUGAACAAAUGGGUCCUGAAAGAAGUGACCAUUGAUGAAGAUGAGCACUGUCUUCUACAGACAGAUGGUUCAUUUCUGUAUUUGCUCUGCAAGGACGGGCUCUACAAAGUUGGAUCUGGGUAUAGUGGCACUGUCAGGGGCCAUGUGUACAACUCCACGUCUCGAAUCAGGAAUCGAAAGGAGAAAAGGUCGUGGCUAGGGUUUGCUCAGGGGUACUUGCUGUAUCGGGACACGAGCAACCACAGCAUGUCGGCCAUCAAGAUCAACCCUGAGACUCUAGAACAUGAGGGCGGGGUCACCAUGCCUGAUCAACAUUCAGAUGGACAGAACAUCAUCUUUACAGACGGAGAGUACAUAAACCAGAUUGCAGCCUGCAAAGAUGAUGGUUUUGUUGUACGGAUCUACACCAUGAGCUCAGACCCGGCCCUACAGCAGGAACUGCAGCUGAAGCUGGCAAGGAAAUGUCUGCACGCCUGUGGCAUUUCUCUCUUUGACCUUGAAAAAGAUCUACACAUUAUCAGCACUGGCUUUGAUGAAGAGGCAGCAUUGAUUGGAGCAGGCAGGGAGUUUGCUCUGAUGAAAAGUGCCUCAGGAAAGAUCUACUACACAGGAAAAUACCAAAGCCUUGGAAUAAAGCAGGGUGGCCCAUCUGCAGGAAAAUGGGUGGAACUGCCCAUCACCAAAUCUCCUAAAAUUGCUCAGUUCUCCGUUGGCCAUGAUGGUUCUCAUGCCCUCCUAGUAGCUGAAGAUGGAGGCGUUUUCUUCACAGGCUCUGCCAGCAAAGGAGAGGACGGAGAGUCCACUAAAAGUCGCAGACAGCCAAAGCCAUACAAGCCCAAGAAGAUAAUCAAAUUAGAGACGAAAACAGCUGUGUCUACAGCAUGCAACAAUGGCAGCAGCAGCAUUGUUACAAAGGAUGGAGAGCUCUACAUGUUCGGCAAAGAUGCUAUUUAUAGUGACAGCACCUGCCAGGUAACAGACCUCAAAGGUCAUUUUGUAACUCAGGUUGCCAUGGGUAAGGCUCAUACAUGCGUCCUGACCAAGAAUGGAGAGGUGUGGACAUUUGGGGUGAACAACAAGGGCCAGUGUGGCAGAGACACUGGAGCCAUGAGCCAGGCAGGGAAAGCGUUUGGUGUAGAAAACAUGGCCACAGCCAUGGAUGAGGACUUGGAGGAUGAGCUAGAGGAGAAGGAGGAGAAGAGCAUGAUGUGCCAGCCAGGCAUGCACAAGUGGAAGCUGGACCAGUGUAUGGUUUGCACUGUGUGCGGAGACUGCACUGGCUAUGGUGCCAGUUGUGUCAGUAGUGGACGACCAGACAGAGUACCAGGAGGUAUCUGUGGGUGUGGGUCUGGAGAGUCCGGCUGCUCAGCGUGUGGUUGUUGUAAAGCCUGUGCCAGGGAGCUUGAUGGCCAGGAGGCCAGGCAGAGAGGUAUCUUUGAUGCUGUGAAGGAGAUGAUUCCACUGGAUCUGCUGCUAGCUGUGCCUGUCCCUCCCCCUCCAGGAGUGAACAUCGAGGAGCACAUUCAGAUCCGUCAGGAGGAAAAGCGACAGAGAAUCAACCGUCGCCAUAGGUUGGAGGAGGGCAGAGGCCCCCUUGUUUUUCCUGGUCCCAUUUUUAUGAACCAGCGUGAGCAGGCCCUAGCCAGAAUAAGACCCCUUCAAGCACUAAGGCAUAAACGGGACAAGCACAAAGAUGGUAGCAGUGAGCGUGGAGAGAAGGAUGCCAGCAAAAUUACCACCUAUCCUCCAGGGGCCGUGCGAUUUGACUGCGAGCUGCGAGCGGUUCAAGUCAGCUGUGGAUUUCACCACUCAGUGGUUCUGAUGGAGAAUGGAGACGUCUACACGUUUGGUUACGGCCAACAUGGACAGCUUGGACAUGGAGAUGUCAACUCCAGGGGCUCUCCGACUCUGACGCAGGCUCUGCCAGGUCCAAGUGUCCAGGUGACUGCGGGCAGUAACCACACCGCGGUUCUGCUCAUGGAUGGACAGGUCUUUACAUUUGGCAGCUUCUCGAAAGGACAGUUGGGGAGGCCCAUCUUGGACAUGCCCUACUGGAAUGCGAAGCCGUCACCCAUGCCAAAUAUUGGUGCCAAAUAUGGACGAAAGGCUACCUGGAUCGGUGCCAGCGGAGACCAGACGUUCCUGCGGAUCGAUGAGGCUCUUAUUAACUCCCAUGUCCUUGCCACUUCGGAGAUCUUUGCCAGCAAGCACAUCAUCGGGCUUGUGCCCUCCUCUGUGUCUGAACCACCUCCUUUUAAAUGCUUGCUCAUCAACAAAGUAGACGGAAGCUGCAGAACCUUCAACGACUCUGAGCAAGAGGACCUCCAGGGAUUUGGCCUUUGUCUGGACCCUGUUUAUGACGUCAUAUGGAGAUUUAUGCUUUUUGAGCUGGGGCCCGAUGGGGGCGACCAUGAGACCGACGGUGAUCUGCUCGCCGAGACUGAUGUUCUGGCCUACGACUGUGCAGCCAGGGAGAAAUAUGCCAUGAUGUUUGAUGAACCGGUGCUGCUGCAGCUUGGCUGGUGGUACGUGGCGUGGGCCCGAGUGUCUGGUCCCAGCAGUGACUGUGGUUCCCAUGGACAGGCAACCAUCACGACUGAUGAUGGUGUGGUCUUUCAGUUCAAAAGCUCUAAAAAGUCAAACAACGGUACAGAUGUUAAUGCGGGUCAGAUACCUCAGCUUCUUUACAGACUUCCUUCAAAUGAUGGCAAUGCAUCUAAAGGAAAACAGCAGAGCAGUGAACCAGUCCACAUCCUAAAACGUUCGUUUGCCCGUACGGUUUCAGUGGAGUGUUUUGAGUCUCUGCUGAGUAUCCUUCACUGGAGCUGGACCACGCUGGUCUUGGGUGUUGAGGAACUCCGAGGGCUGAAGGGUUUCCAGUACACGGCCACGCUGCUGGACCUGGAGAGACUGCGCUUUGUUGGCACAUGCUGCCUCCGCCUGCUCAGGGUCUACAUCUGUGAAAUAUUUCCCAUCACUGCCAGCACCAAAGCUGUGGUGGAGGAGUCAAGCAAGCUGGCAGAGUGUGUGGGAAAGACACGCAGCCUACUGAAGAAGAUCCUGUCAGAAGGCAUGGACAACUGCCUGACCAAACUGGAUAAUGACCCUCAGGGCUACUUGUCUCAGCCGCUUACCUUGCUGGAGGCUGUGCUGCAGGAGUGUCACAACACCUUCACCGCCUGCUUUCACUCUUUUUAUCCCACUCCAGCUCUACAGUGGGCUUGCUUGUGCGAUCUGCUCAACUGCCUUGACCAGGACAUUGCCGAAGCCAACUUCCGCACAUCCAGCAGCCGCCUGCUGGCAGCUGUAAUGUCCGCUCUGUGUAACACCUCAGUGAAGCUGACAUCCAUCCUUCCAAUUGCAUAUGAUGGAGAAGUGCUGCUGCGCUCACUAGUCAAACAGGUCAGCACUGAGAACGACUCUGCCCUAGCGCAUCGCUUCCCCCUGCUUGUGGCACAUAUGGAGAAACUAAGCCAUACGGAGGAGAACCUGAUGGGUAUGACCAGUUUCCGGGAAGUACUGGAGAAGAUGCUGGUGAUUGUGGUGCUGCCAGUGCGGAAGAGUUUGAGGAAGGAAGUAGAGCUGUUCUCUCCUCACCUGGUCUCCAAUACCUGUGGGCUGCUGGCCUCCAUUGUCUCGGAGCUUACUGCAUCAGCCAUGGGCUCUGAGGUUGAUGGGCUGAACUCGCUUCACUCUGUGAAAGCAUCUCCCAACCGCUUCACCAAAACAAGCCAGGGGCGCAGCUGGAACACGGGCAACGGCUCCCCAGAUGCCAUCUGUCUGACUGUGGACAAGCCAGGCGUUGUUCUGGUCGGUGUCUGUGUCUAUGGGGGAGGCGGCAUCCAUGAGUAUGAACUAGAGGUGCUCGCAGAUGAUGCUCAGACAGAACACCCAGGAGACUCGGCACAUUCUCACAGGUGGACGUCUCUUGAGCUGGUCAAAGGAACCUACAGCACCGAUGAUUCUCCCAGUGACAUCGCAGAGAUUCGCAUGGAUAAGGCUGUACCACUUAAGGAAGGGGUAAAGUAUGCGGUCCGGUUACGAAACUAUGGCAGCAGGACGGCUAACGGAGAUGGAGGUAUGACCACAGUGCAGUGCUCUGAUGGUGUAUCAUUCACCUUCAGCACUUGCAGCUUGAGUAGCAAUGGAACCAACCAGACCAGAGGUCAGAUCCCACAGGUCCUUUACUACAGGAGUGAGUAUGAUGGAGACCUGCAGUCUCAACUGCUAAGUAAAGCCAACGAGGAGGACAAAAACUGCAGCAGAGCUCUGUCUGUGGUUAGUGCUGUGGUCCGAGCUGCAAAGGACCUCCUUCACAGAUCAUUUGCAGUUGAUGUAGAUGAUAUCCCAGAGUUGUUGAGUUCCUCCAGCCUCUUCUCCAUGCUCCUGCCUCUUAUUUUGGCUUACAUUGGCCCUGUUGCUGCAUCGGUGCCUAAGGCUGCUGUUGAGGUCUUUGGACUUGUUCAAGAGUUGCUUCCUGCUGUCUCUGGUCUCAAUCAAAAAUACGCCCCACCCACCUUCAACCCCAACCAGUCAACAGACAGCACCACUGGCAAUCUGCCCGAGCAGGGCCUGUCAGCUUGCACCACCUCAAACCACUACUCCGUGAUUGAGAGUGACCAUCCUUACAAACAAGCUGGUGUCACACAAUAUAGGGUGUCAUUUCCAGACUGCGUUCGUUGGACCACCAUUGAGUUUGAUCCACAGUGUGGCACUGCUCAGCCAGAGGAUGUUCUUCGUUUGCUCAUCCCCAGCCGCACACUCCACCUAUCCAACUUUGGUGGCAAACCUCUGAUCCACGACACCAUUAAUACCUGGACCGAGCUCAAGAAGUUCUCGGGCUCUACUGGAUGGCCGACCACUGUUCUUGUGCUUCCAGGAAAUGAAGUGCUCUUCUCACUUGAAACAGCUUCAGAUUAUGUAAAAGAUGAAAAAGCUUGCUUCUACGGCUUCAAGUGUGUGGCUAUUGGAUAUGAAUUUAAUCCUGGUCCUGAUGAGGGCAUCAUCCAGUUAGAAAAAGAGCUGGCGUUCCUUGGCAGUGUGUGUGCAGCUGCUCUGAUGAAGAAAGAUUUGGCCCUUCCUAUUGGCAAUGAAUUGGAGGAAGAUCUUGAGAUUCUUGAGGAAGCCUCUCUUCAGGUGUGUAAAUCCCACUCUGGAAUUCUGGGGAAGGGUCUGGCUCUGUCUCACUCUCCCACCAUCCUUGAGGCUCUGGAGGGAAAUCUGCCCCUCCACCUUCAAACCAAUGAGCAUUCUUUCCUUGAGGACUUCAUCACCUGUGUACCAAACUCAAGUGGAGGGCGUCUGGCCAGAUGGCUACAGCCUGACUCCUACGCAGAUCCUCAGAAGACUUCUCUGAUCCUGAACAAAGAUGACAUACGCUGCGGAUGGCCAACCACUGUGGUCGUUCAGACCAAAGACCAGUAUGGGGAUGUGGUGCAUGUUCCUAACAUGAAGGUGGAGGUGAAGGCGGUACCUGUUUCUCAGAAGAAGUCAGUUCAGCCAGAUAACAUGAAGAAGCUGCAGAGGCUGCCUGGAAGCUCCUCCCCUUCUUCUUCUGGUCCUGACCUAACCUUCGGAGGUCUGCCAGUUCCAAAGCUGGAGGCCACGUAUGAACCAGUGAUAGUGAAAGAAGCACGAUACAUUGCCAUAACCAUGAUGAAGGCGUAUGAAAGCUACUCUUUUGAAGAGCUGCGCUUUGCUUCACCUACCCCAAAGAGACCGAGUGAAAAUAUGCUCAUCCGUGCCAACACUGAUGGAACCUACAGUGCUAACUGGACUCCAGGAGCAGUUGGCCUUUAUACAAUUCAUGUUACCAUUGAUGGCAUUGAAAUAGAUGCUGGUUUGGAGGUAGAAGUCAAAGACCCUCCAAAAGGUAUGAUACCGCCUGGAACUCAGAUGGUCAAACCAAAGACAGAACCUCAGCCGAGCAAGGUCCGCAAAUUUGUGUCCAAGGACAGCGCAGGCCUACGCGUGCGUAGUCACCCCUCCUUGCAGAGUGAACAGAUAGGCAUAGUGCAUGUCAAUGGCACCAUCACUUUCACAGAAGAGAUCCACAAUGAUGACGGUGUAUGGCUCAGGCUCAAUGACGACACAGUAAAGAAGUAUGUUCCCAACAUGAAUGGGUACACAGAAGCCUGGUGCCUCUCUUUUAAUCAGCAUCUGGGCAGGAACCUACUGGUCCCCGCAGACGAAGUCAGGGGCCAGUCGGAGGAGAAUGUAAAGGAGGUGAGCAGCUGCCCUUCCCACGAGGCUCCCAUUGGGGUGCAGAGCAGGGCAGGGCAGGCCGGCGGCCCGGGCCUUUAUAAGGUAGUGAAGACCGGCCCCUCUGGUCACAACAUCAGAAGCUGUCCAAACCUUAGGGGUAUCCCCAUUGGAAUGUUAGUACUUGGCAACAAGGUCAAGGCCAUAGGCGAGGUGGUCAACUCAGAGGGAACUUGGGUACAACUGGAUAAGAACAGUGUUGUGGAGUUUUGUGAGAGUGAUGAAGGAGAAGCUUGGUCCUUGGCUCGGGACCGUGGUGGAAAUCAGUACCUUCGCCACGAUGAUGAGCAAGCAUUGUUAGACCAUGGGAAUCAGACUCCACCACCCAGCCCGUUUUCUGUGCAAGCCUUCAGCAGAGCCACAGCUUCAAAUGGAGCUCAGGGCUUUGACUAUGGCAUCUCUAACAACAAAGGUGAACGAGGGAACAUGAUGUCUGGUGCACGGUCUAUGUCCCAAACCAACAAACAACGUCAGGAGAAUCACUCGCCCAAACAGGAGAGUCGAGGAAGCCGCUCAUCUGAACAGAGCAGGCUCAAAACCAGUGAGGGUGGGCUUUCAGCCAGUGAAGCCCUCAUCCUGCGGUCAGACACAGGCAAACUGAGGACUGACUCUCACAGUCGCUCCCACUCACCCAACCAUAACACUCUGCAGGCCCUAAAGGCAGACGGCAGAACCUCAGGGAUUCGGGCUGAGUCCCCGAAUCCUGGCUCUCGCUCCUCAUCUCCCAAACAGAAAGGUGUAUCCUCAUCAGGCAGAUCCAGUCCUUCCAGCACCACUUCCCAGCUCCCUUCUCUAAACCAUCAGGACACAAACCUUCCUCCUAAAGUUAGCUCGUCCUCUAAAGCCCGGCUUGAUCCUCCCAGAGAGAGAUCCAAAUCAGACUCAUACACUCUGGACCCAGACACACUCAGAAAAAAGAAGAUUCCUCUUACAGAGCCAAUCAGAGGCAGAUCCACUUCCCCCAAAUCCAAAAUGUCACCUAAAGACCCAAAUAAAGGGGUGAUCAAUAAUGCGGAAAAUCGUGUUCCUUCUCCACAUGUGACCCAGGAGAACCUCCACAGUGAGGUGGUGGAGGUCUGCACAUCUAGUGCGCUCCUCUCCAGUGAGGAUGUCAAUGAUGAGAACGUGGAGCUCCAUAAUAAUGAAGAAGGGUCGUGUAAAGUGCACUUUAGCAUUGGCAAAGCCCCUGUCAAAGAGGAACUAGACAUCCGCUCGUCGCCCAAAAUCAGCCGCAAAACCUCGAGUCGACACACACGUCCUAAGAAAGACAAAUCAGGACCUCUGUUUAAAGGGGAGAGUACGUCAAAGAUCACAGAGCCCGCCAAACAGGCCAUGUCACCCUCUGUAGCUGAAUGCUCUCGUGCGGUUUUUGCUGCAUUUUUGUGGCAUGAGGGUAUAGUCCACGAUGCCAUGGCCUGUUCCUCCUUCCUCAAGUUCAACCCAGACCUAACCAAAGAGCACGCCCCCAUCCGCAAUUCCCUGGGAGGGCAGGGGGCUGAGGAGAAGGAGAACAAGUUAAAAAACCGCCACUCCUUGGAGAUUUCCUCUGCGCUUAACAUGUUUAACAUUGCUCCACAUGGCCCAGACAUCUCAAAAAUGGGCAGCAUCAACAAAAACAAAGUGCUGUCUAUGUUGAAAGAACCUCCACUGCCAGAGAAGUGCGAAGAUGGAAAAGGAGAGGCCAUUUCUUACGAGAUGUCUUCACAUUCUUUGAGGCCAAAGUCCGUUUUACCAUUAACUUUGCAGCACCUGGUUGCAUUCUGGGAGGAUAUAUCAAUGGCCACCAUUAAGGCUGCGACCCAGAACAUGAUUUUCCCCAGCCCGGGCUCCAGUGCCAUCUUAAAAAAGAAGGAACAUGAAAAGGACAGCAAAAAGGCAAAGAAGGAGAAGAAGAAAAGGGAGAAGGCUGAGGUGCGUCCGAGGGGGAAUCUGUUUGGAGAGAUGGCUCAGCUCGCCAUGGGAGGACCAGAAAAAGACACCAUCUGUGAACUGUGUGGGGAGUCUCACCCAUACCCUGUCACCUACCACAUGAGACAAGCUCACCCAGGCUGUGGCCGCUACGCUGGAGGCCAGGGCUACAACAGUAUUGGCCACUUCUGUGGUGGUUGGGCUGGAAAUUGUGGAGAUGGAGGCAUAGGAGGCAGUACCUGGUACUUAGUUUGUGAUCGCUGUCGGGAGAAAUACCUCAGAGAGAAACAAACUGCAGCCAGAGAAAAGGUAAAGCAGUCAAGAAAGAAACCUCUGCAGGUGAAGACCCCAAGGGCACUACCUACUAUGGAGGCCCACCAGGUGAUUCGGGCAAAUGCCUUGUUCCUGUUGUCCCUCAGCAGUGCAGCUGAGCCCAGCAUGCUGUGCCACCACCCUCCUCGACCCCUUCAUUCCCAGUUGCUGCCCAGCCUGAAGGAAGGCGUGUCAGAGGAAAUCCCCAGUAAAAUGGGUUGCCUUUACUUACAGACACUAGCAAGGCAACACACUGAGAACUUUGGGGCCUACCAAGAUGACAACCUCUUCCAAGAUGAGAUGAGAUACCUGCGCUCAACAUCUGUUCCUGCACCCUACAUUUCUGUCACACCUGACGCAUGCCCCAAUGUGUUUGAGGAACCAGAGAGCAACAUGAAAUCAAUGCCCCCCAGUCUUGAAACCAGUCCGAUCACAGACAGCGACACUGCAAAGCGCACUGUGUUUCAGAGGUCUUAUUCAGUUGUAGCAUCUGAGUACGACAAACAACACUCGCCUUCUCCAGCACGAGUCAAAGCCGUGCCCAGACGAAGGGUUCAUAGUGGUGAUGCAGAAGUGGGCUCUUCCCUGCUACGCCACCCUUCUCCAGAGCUCUCCCGCCUGAUAUCAGCUCAUGGCUCCCUCAGUAAGGGGGAAAGGAACUUCCAGUGGCCCGUCCUGGCUUUUGUUAUCCAGCACCAUGACCUGGAAGGCCUAGAGGUGGCUAUGAAGCACGCACUGAGAAAGUCUGCCUGCAGGGUGUUCGCCAUGGAGGCAUUCAACUGGCUCCUGUGCAAUGUGAUCCAAACCACAUCUCUGCAUGACAUCCUUUGGCAUUUUGUAGCAUCUCUAACUCCAUCGCCCUGUGAGCCUGAAGAUGAGGAAGAUGAAGAGAACAAGGGAAACAAAGAAAUUGUAGAACAGGAAAGAGACCUCGGUGUAUGUGAACACCCCUUGUCGGACAUUGUGAUUGCCGGGGAAGCAGCUCAUCCUCUCCCCCACACUUUCCACCGCCUCCUUCAGACAAUCUCUGACCUUAUGAUGUCACUUCCCAGUGGCAGUGCACUACAGCAAAUGGCUCUUAGGUGCUGGAGUCUGAAGUUUAAGCAGUCCGACCAUCAGUUCCUCCAUCAGAGCAAUGUUUUCCAUCACAUCAACAACAUCUUGUCCAAGUCAGAUGAUGGAGACAGUGAGGAAAGCUUCAACAUCAGUGUGCAAUCAGGCUAUGAAGCAAUAAGUCAGGACCUCUGCCUGGUCACCUGUUUGAAGGACCUGACGAGUGUUGUAGACAUCAAGACAUCCAGUCGGCCCGCCAUGAUCGGCAGCCUGACAGAUGGCUCCACCGAAACUUUCUGGGAGUCCGGAGACGAGGACAAGAACAAAACCAAAAGCAUUACGAUAAGCUGUGUGAAAGGCAUAAAUGCCACCAAGGUGUCUGUUCACGUGGACAACUCCAGAGACAUCGGGAACAAAGUCACGUCGGUCACAUUCCUUUGUGGCAAAGCAAUUGAGGACCUCUGCAGAAUUAAGCAGAUUGAUCUCGACUCGCGUCACAUGGGCUGGGUGACGAGUGAGCUUCCUGGAGGGGAUUAUCAUGUGAUCAAAGUAGAACUGAAGGGUCCCGAAAACACACUGAGGGUGCGUCAGGUGAAGGUUCUCGGUUGGAAAGAAGGCGAGAGCAUCAAGAUACUUGGACAAAUUUCAGCCAGCAUGGCUCAGCAGAAAAACUGUGAAGCUGAGACUCUCAGGGUUUUCCGCCUCAUCACCUCACAGGUUUUUGGAAAACUUAUCUGUGGAGAUGCAGAACCAACUCCUGAGCAGGAGGAGAAAAACCUGCUUUCAUCACCAGAAGGAGAAGACAAGGCACCAUCUGAUGCAGACCUCAAAGAACACAUGGUGGGAAUCAUUUUCAGCAGGAGUAAACUAACCAACCUGCAGAAACAGGUGUGCGCGCACAUUGUUCAGGCCAUCCGCAUGGAGGCCACGCGUGUGAGGGAAGAGUGGGAACACGCCAUCUCCAGCAAAGAAAACGCCAACUCGCAGCCGAGUGAUGACGACGCCUCCUCAGACGCGUACUGCUUUGAGCUCCUCUCUAUGGUUCUGGCUCUGAGUGGCUCUAACGUGGGCCGGCAGUAUUUGGCUCAGCAGCUCACGCUCAUGCAGGACCUUUUCUCUCUUCUGCACACUGCUUCUCCCAGAGUACAGAGACAGGUGACUUCAUUGCUCAGACGAGUCCUACCAGAGGUGACACCAGUGCGACUUGCCAGCAUAAUCGGAGUGAAGGCUCUGCCACCAGCGGAUAUCAGCGACAUCAUCCACUCCACAGAGAAAGGUGACUGGAGCAAACUUGGCAUCCUCGACAUGUUCCUGGGCUGCAUCGCCAAAGCCCUCACUGUGCAGCUGAAAGCCAAAGGCACCACUAUCUCUGGCACCUGCGGCAUGGUUGCAGGGAAAGGGGUCACAACGGUUACUCUGCCCAUGAUCUUUAACUCCAGCUACAUCCGCAGAGGUGAGAGCCACUGGUGGAUGAAAGGUUCCACGCCUCCACAGAUCGCUGAGAUCAUCAUAAAGCUGAUCAAAGACAUGGCAGCUGGUCACCUUUCUGAUGCCUGGUCCAGGAUCACCAAAAAUGCAAUUGCCGAGACCAUCAUAGCCCUCACUAAAAUGGAGGAGGAGCAUCGGUCUCCUGUUCGAUGUAUCGCAACGACAAGGCUGUGGCUGGCCUUGGCGUCGCUGUGCGUGCUUGACCAGGAUCAUGUGGACAGGCUGUCCUCUGGCCGGUGGAUGGGCAAAGACGGACAGCAGAAGCAGAUGCCCAUGUGUGACAAUCAUGAUGAUGGUGAGACGGCAGCCAUCAUACUGUGUAAUAUGUGUGGCAAUCUUUGCACCGACUGUGACCGCUUCCUCCAUCUGCACCGACGCACACGCUCCCACCAGAGACAGGUGUUCAAGGAGGAAGAGGAGGCCAUAAAGGUUGAUCUCCAUGAAGGCUGUGGGAGGACUAAGCUUUUCUGGCUCAUGGCUCUUGCAGAUUCAAAGACGAUGAAGGCCAUGGUGGAGUUCAGAGAGCACACAGGUAAACCAACAUCCAGCAGCUCUGACGCUUGCAGGUUCUGUGGUACAAGAAAUGGUACCGAGCUGUCUGCAGUGGGUAGCGUCUGUUCAGACCCAGAUUGUCAGGAGUACGCUAAGCUGGCCUGCAGUAAGACUCACCCCUGUGGACACUCAUGUGGAGGCGUGAAGAACGAGGAUGCCUGCCUGCCGUGUCUGUACGGCUGUGAUAAGAACGCCGGAUGUCUGAAACAGGAUGCAGAUGACAUGUGUAUGAUCUGCUUCACAGAAGCUCUCUCUGCUGCUCCUGCAGUACAGCUGGACUGCACUCACGUGUUUCACCUUCAGUGCACUCGGCGUGUUCUUGAAAAUCGCUGGCUAGGGCCCCGGAUUACAUUUGGCUUCAUGUCGUGUCCCAUUUGCAAGAACAAAAUCAAUCACUCUGUGAUCAAGGACCUGCUCGACCCCAUUAAGGAGCUGUAUGAGGAUGUGAGGAGGAAGGCUCUGAUGAGGUUGGAGUAUGAAGGUCUUCACAAAAGUGAGGCGAUAACUACACCAGGAGCACGCUUCCACAGUGACCCUGCUGGUUUUGCAAUGAACAGAUAUGCAUACUAUGUCUGCUACAAGUGUAAAAAGGCAUAUUUUGGGGGGGAGGCUCGGUGUGAUGCAGAGGCAGGACAGGGUGAUGACUACGACCCCAGCGAACUGAUCUGUGGAGCGUGCUCAGAUGUCUCCAGGGCUCAGAUGUGCUCAAAGCAUGGCACGGAUUUCCUUGAGUAUAAAUGUCGGUACUGCUGCUCGGUGGCUGUUUUCUUCUGCUUUGGCACCACACACUUCUGCAACGCCUGCCAUGAUGACUUCCAAAGGAUGACCAGUGUCCCCAAGGAAGAGCUGCCCCAUUGUCCUGCAGGACCCAAGGGAAAGCAGCUGGAAGGCACUGAGUGCCCUUUGCAUGUGGUCCACCCACCCACAGGCGAAGAGUUUGCUCUGGGCUGUGGGGUGUGCAGAAACGCUCACACCUUCUAAUCUGCAAAACACUUUUUUUUUUUACUGGAAACCAGUCAGUCUACUGUGAUUUCUUACUGCUGCUGCUGCAGCUCAGCAGUGAAGCUCAGCUCUUGCAUGAAGUCUCCUGGACACUGGACCAGGUUUCUGCUCUACAUCAAGAGUCCUCAGGUCUGCUCUUUCUUCAACAUGAGUAUCCAGGCGCUGGAGCUCCUUCGGACUCUGAGUAACCUGAAUGGAAACACGAACAAUUUAAAAAAAGAAGCAGAGAAAAAAAGAAAAUAACUUGUGAAGUGUUUGCAUGCGGCCGUUGUAUUCCCUCGGCUUCUAUUGACGUUGCACACCUCCCAAUCACCAAACUAUAAGAAAACAAAAUCAAACAUCAGAUAUGAUAUAGGUUUGCAUAAAGGCAACUGUGGAUGAGAGUUGACUUAAAAAAAAAAAGGAACGGGUCAUAUUUCCAGCUUCCCAACUAUAAAUUUAAAAUAUUGUUAUAUGUAAACUUUUCAUAAUCUUGUACAGUAUUCUUCACUGUCAAGUGCAUCAUAGGUUGAUGGACAAAAAAAAGAUGAGUUGGUUGAUAAGACUGUUAAGUUUAUUAUUUUGGGGAGGAAAUAGUGUAUGAUUUAUCUAAUCUUGUAUAUAAUGAUACUAUUCAAAGUACCUGUAUUUCGAAGUUGCUCUCUUCACUUCAGUUUUGUUUGAUAUUCUGGGUUGUUUUGAGCCAGAUCUUUUAUUGAAGUGCAAUACUGGGUGUGCCUCCUAUUUCGCAGCUGUUUAAAUCUAUGGAAUGUAUGUCAAAUAAAGCCACUGUACAUUUUUAUACAGUAGACUGUCGUUUCCCCCCCUCCUCCUCCUAAAUGUUAUCUCUUCUGUUGUCUGGAAUGAGGAGGGGGGUGCCUGGCUUGCAGUGAAGGGAAAGAUGUAUAUUCUGUUCACAGCUCUGAUGAAUAACAAAGCACCAAAAUCCUGCAGUAAUUGAAAAGCAAAGAAAAACUCGUAAGAUUACAGCUGAACAAUAUGAGGGGCCAGUCUUUACGCCAAAAAAAAAUUAUUGUGCACCUGUUAUGCUUUUUUUUUUCCUAGAAUGAGGCAGAGAGAUUGGGGACAGGGAAAGUGUGCGUGUGUGUAUCGGGGAGGGGGGUAUUAAAUCAGCUGCUGUUAAAUACAAAGCUUAUUACUUGUGAAUCUGCUCUGUAAUAUCUGUGGUGGAUGGAGUUGAAUGGUAAUAAACCAGAAUCUCUGUUA